GUUCCCGGGGGCUUGUUCUAGUGCUGCUGUACCUCGGGCAGUGCUCCGACACCUACAGGAGCCCUGUCCAGGUGUAUUGCUGGCAGGAGCCAAAAAGGAGCCUCUCUGAAGCUGCUGACUUUGAUGAGUCUAAGUCCCCCAGCAUAGAACAGCUGGAUACACUGAGAGAGUUUGCUGGAAUUGCUGCCGGAGCCUCAGCUCCCGAGAGCCUUGCUACUCUUGCCUUUCUGUAUAUGUGCCUGGCUAUUUCGGCUAAGUAUGGAGAUGUUCCCAGUGUGGACAUACUGGUGUGGUCUGAGCUGCCCGUGGGAGCUGGGCUGGGUUCAAGUGCCGCCUAUGCUGUCUGCUUGGCCGCGGCCCUGCUGACGGCGUUUGGAGCCAUCUCAUGCCCUCUGAAGGAGGGAGAGUCCUCAGCCAGGUGGACAGAAGAAGAGCUGACUUUGAUUAACAGCUGGGCCUUCCAGGGGGAGCGGGUGAUCCAUGGCAAUCCCUCGGGUGUGGAUAAUGCUGUUGGUACCUGGGGUGGAGCCCUGAGAUACCAAUCAGGAAAAAUCACACCAUUAAAGAGGGUGCCGAUGCUGAGGAUCUUGCUGACCAACACGAAAGUCCCUCGAAGCACCAAGGUCCUGGUGGCUGGUGUCAAGGAGAAGAUUCUGAAGUUCCCUGCUAUAAUGAACCCGGUGCUGGACUCCAUCGAUGCAAUUUCUCAGGAGUGCCAAAGUGUUCUGGAAGCGAUGCCUGCAAAUCCAUCACCAGAGUAUUACCCUGUGCUGGAGGAACUCUUUGAUAUAAACCAACACCACUUAAACGUGAUCGGAGUCGGCCAUCCCUCCCUGGACAGGCUGUGCCGAGUGACGGCGUCUCACGGCCUGCAUAGCAAGCUGACCGGGGCUGGCGGGGGCGGCUGUGGCAUCACCCUGCUGAGACCAGACACCUCCCCGCUGGCUGUGGAAGCAGCCAAGCGAGACUUAUGUGCCUGUGGAUUUGAAUGCUGGGAGACCAAUAUCGGGGCACCCGGAGUGACCCUGCACUCCUUCUCGUCUUUAAACACCAAAGUGCUGCACGCGCUCUCUGAGAGUUAA